AUGACGCUGCUUAGUGCCUCCGCCUCUUCUUCAACUGCAACUGCGAAACAGAGGCAUUACGAUAACUCGUCUGGCGCGCUCAGCACCAGCGCCUUCACCAACGACAGUCCUAGCGCGAGUGGUAGCACCAGUACCACCACGUCGCCGUCACCCACUCCCGGCCAAUCUUCUGCAUCAAUCCAAUCUCUGCCCCUUCCUCAUCAACACCCGCUAAGACCACACGGUGUUCGCGCACACCUCGCAGAGUUCAUCCCGCUCCUCCCUCGACAUGCCUUGUUCAAUGUCAAACUCACGAUCCAUCAACUAUGGAACGUCCCUCUCGUCGGUGGGGAAUUUAGUGUCAAGUGGAAAUUCCACGGUGUGAAGCGACCCAAAGCGGCGCGUCAUCACGGACACCAUCUUCAUCAUAACACACAUGGACAUGGACAUGGACAUGGAACCACGAGCGGGUCCGCGACGACGACAACGACGACGAACGGGAGGGCAACAUCUGCCACUGAUGAUCAUUCGAUUUCAAGUGGGCUGAGAUUAGUAAACGGACUCGGGAAGGGAAAAGCCCGAGAAACCCUGGAUACCGAUCAUCCAUACGAACACGAAUCAUUGACGCCAUCGGGCGCAUCGAUGCUCUCCAUCCCGUCGACGUCGGAGGACUCGUCCUCGGCGCCCGCAUCUCCACAUGCCACGUCCUUCGACUUAUUUCCAUCAAGCAUUCCUGGCAAUCACGUUAAUCUGGGAGAAGGAAGCCGAGGAAAGGAUGGGGAUGGUGAUACAGCGGAAUUCUCACAAGAGGCGCGAGGUCGGACACCGUAUGUCGCGCUGCGUGAGCAUAAUGUGAAGUGGGGAAAGACGAUCAACGUCGUGGUGCAGAUGAGUGUACAGCGGGAUACACAGGACCUGCAACCUUGUGACUUGAAGCUUGUGGUUGAACAGUUUGCCAAACCUGGCGAUGCGAACGCACCAGAAAACCCUCGUCUGGGAGCUGUCUACCUCAACCUAGCCGAAUAUGUCGACAAAGGGCCCAUCUCCCGUCGCUACCUCCUUCGAGAAAGUAAAACAAACGCAACGCUCCAACUGACGAUCGAACUCACGCACGUCGGAGGCGAAGGGACCUAUAAAGCUCCACCAUUGCAAAAGGGUGAAGUGAUGGCAGGUGUAGCGACGUUGUUAGAGAAAAGCGCUGUGGGCAGCGGACUGGGACCGCUUUCGGUUUCGAGGCCUUCGUUGAGGCCGCAUAGGAGGGCAACGGAUGGAGGUUCGAGAACCAGUUUGGGGUUGCAGACUGGAAUUGGGACGGGUGGUUCUAGGUUAGGCAGUCCUGUACCGACGCUGGAGCCAGGUACGGGAGGAGGAGGAGGAGGAGGAGGAGGAGGAGGGAAGACUGCGGAUAAUAUCAUUGAGGCGAUUUUUAACCCUGUACCGACCAGCUCUCCGUCACCGUCGCCGUUUACGUAUUAUGUCCCUCCAAAAGCGCGACCGAUUGUUUCGCCUUUGCCUCUCUCUACGAGCACUUCUGGCGCGAGUGUGAGCGCGGAUCCACAAAGCUCGGACGUAGAUGCCGAUACGAGUGGGAAUGGACUAUUGGAAGACGGCCGACCGCCGAGUAUCGCUCCCUCGACUACGACUACGACACGUAGCGAACGGUCUAUUGCUACGUCUGCUUCGCGGGAUAGUACUGGCGAACAACGCGAAUCGCGUCGAUCGAAGUGGUGGAAGAAGCUUACGGGUGGAGAUGGGUCGCGUGCUGCGUCUCCUCAGCCUCAACCUCAGCCGCCGUCACCUGUUCUUUUACACUCUCCGGUACUUCAUGCAUAUCCGAAUGUUAAAGGUACAAAUGUGUCGGUUCGGUCGUCCCCUGAUUUACUGACUAGGCAAGUCUCCGAAGGCGCUGCGCGAGGUGGUGAAAGCAUUGAGGAUGAAGAACACCGUGCCGCACCACAGAUCAUCGUGAGGAGUCCACCGAUGAAAGGAAGGACUUUGAGUGAGAAUGAGAGUGGAAAUGGGAGACAUUGAACCCAGUCUAAUUCUCGUUUUUCUUUCUAACUUUCAACUUCCUUUAUUUUCUCUUGGGUUAUUCUGCAGAUGGGUUUUCACAAUGGUUUUCUUGACGUUUGACUUUUAGCAAGAUUAUUUAUUAUUUUUCGAUGUUCUCUCGUCUAUAUUUCUAUAUCCCUUUUCUUUUUCUCUCCUUAGCGUUUUGUUUCCUCUACGAUUUGAUUUGUUUCGUUUCUCUGCGUUAUCGUACACCGUGCUUGCUUUUCUCUUCUUUCUUUUAAAGCAAUCGUUUGUUUAGUCUUGACUUAUCCACUAUUCCUUUCUCUUGUCUUGUGUCUUUUGCCGUUGAGUUGUUUAUUGCCCUUUCGUUUGUGCCAUUAGUUUUUUUUUUAACGCCGUUGUCAUGAUGCUUGCUUGCAUAUUUCUAUAUCUGCUUGUUUCGGGCGUGAUUAUUACACACUAUCAAUAUCGC